UUAUUAUUUCAGAAUGAUGCACACCAUUGGGUCUGGCGUAAACCACAUGAAAAAUAUGAUGUUAAUUGCUUGAUUCUGACUGUAAAAUCUGGAAAUCAAGGAGUUAUGAAAACAAUUUGCAAUAUUUUUUUCAAGAUGACAAUGCGCCAGUCCAUAGAAGCAAGAACAGUUUCACAAUGGAAAGAGGAUAAUUCAAUAUCAACUAUUCUGUGGCCUGCACAGAGCCUGAAUCUUAAUCCGAUUGAACAUUUAUGGGAUGUUUUGGAAAGAAGAGUUUAGGCGCAUAAACCUCAUCCAAAAAAUAUUAAAGAAUUAAUGGUAGUUUUUAAAGAGAAAUGGAAUAACAUUGAGUCCAAAAUUUUAAUUAAUUUGGUUGAUAGCAUGCCAAGAAGGAUU